UCAUGCUUGCAAGCAUGCAAGCCGUGACUCUUCGGACUUCAGAGACGACAAGAACUUGAAGUUGAAGAAGGCAGCCUUGGUUUCUGAUUGGGCGAAGGCCCAGGGCCAGGGCCUGCAUUAAUUUCUUGAAGCGUGCAUUCAUUCACGCCCUAGCUCCGUCUUCUGCCAAUUUUGGGCCAUUCUUUGGGUGAAGGCGAAGAGAAUUCACGGAGGAGGCAAUAGGGUAGAUGCUACCUAAAUCAUUUAGUGGUGGCAAAGCGCACUGCGCCUGAAGGAAGACUCGUCAGCGCUCUUGUGGAUCACUCAUGCGUUAUGGCGUGUCAAGCUGGGGAGCAUGCAUUCAUCUGUGGAGGCUACAUGUGAUCUUGAAAGCAAGACCUGCUUCCGUUGCCUGAUUGAGGUGUUAGAGCUAUAAUACUGAGCUUCUGCUCAAAAGAUCGAAGUUGACAGAAGGAGAGGCCUAACCUGCCAUCAAUGUAAAACCAUUCUGCAUCAGAAUAGCUGGGGCGCUCCAAAUUCUUUUUCAAUUCUGGCUUUCUGAAUGCGAGCCUUCUCACGGCCGGGAAGAUGACCGAGCGCUGCCACUUCAGCAGUACCCCCGGUUUCCAGCGAUGGUUAUUGUGAUGACGGAUGCGGCCUCGCUGCUCAGUGCGUCUGUGCUGAGGAAUUUGGCCGACAAGCUCUACGAGAAGAGGAAGAAUGCAGCGCUUGAGGUGGAGGGGGUGGUCAAGAGCCUUGCGGCCCAGGGGGAGACGGAGAAGGUGUCCGCCCUCAUCAAUGUGCUCAUCAACGACUUUGCAAUGUCGCCGCAGGCCAACCACCGCAAGGGAGGUCUCAUUGGCUUGGCAGCAGCGACGGUAGGACUGGCGGGGGAGGCGUCGCAGUAUCUUGCGCGCAUCGUCCCCCCAGUUCUUCACUCGUUCACGGACCAGGACAGCCGCGUGCGCUACUAUGCAUGCGAGGCGCUGUACAACAUCGCCAAGGUGUCGCGCGGCGACUUCAUCGUCUUCUUCAACGAUGUCUUUGACGCGCUCUGCAAGCUGUCCGCCGACUCGGAUCCCAACGUCCAGAAUGCGGCGCACCUGCUGGACCGACUCGUCAAGGACAUCGUGACGGAGGGCGACCAGUUCAGCAUUGAGGAGUUCAUCCCGCUGCUGCGCGAGCGCAUGAACGUGCUGAACCCGUUUGUGCGCCAGUUCCUGGUCGGCUGGAUCACCGUCCUCGACAGCGUGCCCGACAUCGACAUGCUCGGCUUCCUCCCCGACUUCCUCGACGGCCUGUUCAACAUGCUGAGCGACAGCAACCACGAGAUCCGGCAGCAGGCGGACACGGCGCUGAACGAGUUCCUGCAGGAGAUCCGCAACGCGCCGUCUGUGGACUAUCGCCGCAUGACCGAAAUCCUGGUGCAGCGCGCCUCCGCGCCCGACGAGUUCAUGCGACUGACCGCGGUCACCUGGAUUCACGAGUUCGUGAAGCUGGGCCAAGACUACUUGGUGCCGUACUAUGCGGACAUCCUGGGCGCCCUCCUGCCGUGCAUUGCGGACAAGGAGGAAAAGAUCCGAGCGGUGGGAAAGGAAACAAACGACGAGCUCCGGGAAGCAAAGCGCGAGGGGCUGGAUAUCGAGAAGGUGCUGGCGGUGGCGCGGAGAGAGAUGGCCAACGAGAACGAGGCCACCAGGCUCGAGGCGCUCCGUUGGAUCGCGGCACUGCUGGAACGGCACCGGACGCAGGUGCUGUCAUUUCUGGACGACCUGUUCCCCGCGCUGUUGGGCGCGCUUUCGGACAGUUCGGACGCGGUGGUCCUGCUGGUACUGGAGGUGCAGGCGGCGAUCGCCAAGGAGACGCUCCACUUCCGGCACCUCAUGGUCUUCCUGCUUCACCGCUUCUCCAAAGACAGGGCCCUCCUUGAAAAGCGGGGGAGCCUCGUGUUGCGACGACUCUGCGUCUUGCUGGAUGCGGAGCGCGUCUACCGAGAACUGGGGUCCAUCCUCGAAGGGGAGGCGGACCUCGAGUUCGCGAGCCUCAUGAUCCAGGCCCUUAACCUGAUCCUGCUGACCGCCUCCGAGCUGGCCGGCCUGCGCGAGCUGCUGCGCGCGUCGCUGUGCAGCCCCGAGGGGCAGGCCCUGUUCCUCUCGCUCUACUCCUCGUGGUGCCACGCCCCCGUGGCCACCGUCAGCCUGUGCCUGCUCGCGCAGGCGUACGGCCACGCGAGCGCGCUCAUCACGUGCCUCAAGGAAACGGACAUCAACGUGCGGCUAUUGGUCCAGGUCGACAAGCUGGUACACCUCCUCGAGACGCCCGUCUUCGCGUACCUGCGCCUGCAGCUUCUGGAGCCGGGGCGGUACCCUGCUCUGCUCAAAGCGCUGUACGGCCUCCUCAUGCUGCUCCCCCAGCAGAGCGGCGCCUUCAUGAUCCUGCGCACGCGCCUCAAAAGCGUGCCCACGCAUGCGCUCAUGCACAUGUCCUCCCACCCCCCCGAAACGGAAUACUCCAACCGCGGCAAGUCCGGGGGAUCCCCCGUCUCCACAGCAGUGGCGUCCGUCCUCCGGCGAGCGGCGUCGAUGAAGGACGACCGGCGGCAGGGCUUGGGGGGUUUGGGCCCGCCGCUGGAAGAGGGGGCGUCGCAGGCGGAGGGAGAAAGCGGGAGGCCCCCCCUCCCGGCGAUCGACUUCGCUGGCAAGCUGCAGCAGUUUGAGCUGAUGCAGCGGCAACACCAGCUGAUGCGGGCGGCCGAGCGGCAGAAACAACAGCAGGGGAUGAACGGGCUACCAGCAGAAACGUCACCGCAGGAGACAAUAGCCCGGGACAUGGUUGGGGAAGCGAGCAACCGCAGCCGGGGCAGCUUUCCAGAAGAUGGGGUAUCUCAGGUCGGGCCGAGGCCCAGUUGGCGAAGCUGACGUCUGGGGGGCUUCUCUCUCAAAGCACGGGGCGUGUAUUAUGAUGUAACGUUGAUCGAGCAAUUCGGAGGAGGGGAAUCCACAUUAGGUAGAAAGAGUAGUUUUUUCCGAAGCGGAGACGGGGCUUACAUUCUUGCGCACACGUGCUAAUCCGGAGCUAGCAUAGGGGCGCCACAAAUUGGGUUUUCGGGCCACUGCUUCUGAGGCCAAAAAUUUUUAGCUAAAGAAAAUAAGUAGAUAGCGAAGCGGUAUGUCUAUAUGGUAGAGUGGAUACCAGAAAGAGGAUGAUUAACGCCUGAGGAACAAAUGAAUGUACGUAUAUUCAAAUACCAGUCAACAUAUAUUCAGAUUGGGCAUAGUGAAAACGC